AAAGUAAUAUUAAUGGUCUAUGUUUGAUGAGUGGUUUUAUAACCGCAGAUGUCAUGUGUAACAAGUCGUUGAACUCUCAGUAAAUUCCUCCCAUUUUACUUACUACUUAAUUUCAUCUUACGGAGCAUCUACAGGGUUAUAUUACUUCUUAAAAUUCUAUUUCAUUUGAUUUAGUUCCACUUCACAUUUCAUACGCAUGGCUUUACAAAAAGUUUACGUUCUUACAAAAGAUCUGGCUGCUUGAACUGUAUUACUUUUGCCUGUUGAACGGAGGAACAAAAAACAAAAAAGCAAGCAACGGAAAUUGUUUACAUUUGAAAAAAUAAAACAAUGUCGGCUUUUAAAACUUUAAAAGAAGUCAGUCAGAACUUCGAGCAGGAGUUAAAGCAGCUGUCCAAUGUGCUAUUCUCCGCUAAAAUCGGAGAGACCUUCGAGGAUGCGGUUUCAAAGAAACUGCAGGAGCUAUCUCUAUUCUCCUCCAAACUUAAGCUUCUGAGAGCGAGACCUGUAUCACUGACUCCACAAAUAACGGAACAAGUCAAGACCGAAGAAAUCAUUAAAGAAUACGGUGAUGUAGCAGCUAUCAAAUUAUUAGAGAAGGUCACUGUGAAAUGCGUUGCACAAACACAUGCUGUAAAAAAACUUAUAACGACACCUGACAGAGCUCUGGACGCUGAGAUGCUUACAAGGAAACAAAAUAUAAUGGAAGCCUUGACAAACUAUAGAGAUAAGGAAACUAGUCUUCGUCACUUUGAGAUGAUAUUACAAGAGAAACAGUACGAGCAAAAUUUGUUGCGGGCUGAGUGGGAUAAAUCGCUCGGUGAAUUGAGGGAUAUGAAGGCAGCGGUCAGUGACGACGAGGAAAUGGACACCAACAGUGCAUAUUAUGUACGCCUUCGAACCUUGGUCUCGAAGAUGGAGAUGAUAAGGUGGCUUAUAGGAAGAUUGGUUGUUUGUCGUAAGGAGAGCAGAAACGACCCCCGAAGAGCCCUGCAAGCUUUGAAGAUGGCCAGACAAGUGUUAGAUGUUGAUACGUUCAUGUCGGAUUAAUAUAUAUAUGAUUCUUUUUGGUUGUCUUUUAUUGAGCAACACGGAUUUCUACAGCAAUCAUU